AUGUUGCUCUUGGAGUUGCUACUGUUCCGCUGUGUAUUUGAUCCCGAGCGCUCAGAAUGGACACGGCUGCCAGCUCGCACCAAGAUCUUCGUGGAGGUGGCGAACUCCAUCAAGAUCUCCCAUGGAGCUGGAGCUGCUGGAGCUGCUGGAGCUUCGACUCAGCUGAUGUUUUUGUCCGCUCCCAUUUUGCAGGCGAUGCCGGAGCAACUCAAAGUAGAUCCGCACUUCCCAUUUGCUUUUGAUCCUGUAGAUUUUCAUCCUGAAGUAGCUGCGAACACUGCCUGUGACUUUGCCAUUGCUGGUGCAGCCUUGCUCUUGAGGCAAAGGUUGCAGAGGUUGGUGGGAUGGCAAGACGAUGCCGUCUUCAAAUUCCUCCCAGAUGGCUCUAUCGUUGCCGGAGAUCACGUGCGGUUGCUGCAGGAGUUGUCAGGGGAGGUGAAUGAAGCUGCCCAGAGAGCUCUGCAAGACGCCUGGCUUCGGGGCAUUGGUGUUGAAGCGGACAGGGAGCCUCCGGUGUUGUCCAAAGCCACGGUGAUGGCUUUCCUCACUUUCUUGGCAAAUUGGACCAGGAAUUGGGCCUUUCACGCCUUCCACUUCGAGCAGCAGCUGGAGGGAGUUUCCGGUGUCGACAUACAUGGUACCUUUGUUCCAGUGCUGAAGGCGAUGAUCGGAAUGGCUGCGGCAAUGUGUUUGCGAUCUUCAGCUGCCGAAGCUCAAGAGCAGCAACAGGCCCACAAGACGUUUAGGACGAGUGAGGAUCAGCGAGCCUCUUCACCUGCUUCCUUGUCUGAAGCUAUGGCUGCUAGAGUGGUAGAUGGCCGCACCAGUGCGUCCACAGUUUGGGCCUUCAACACUGGCGGCUCUUUGCGGUUUAUUGGGAACAGCAGUGAGGUUCCAGCUGCCUUGAAACAUUUGUGGAAGACUGUGAGGGAUCAAACCCGGCAGGCUUUUCCAGAGCCGCUUACCAACUUGGGCAUAGCAAGCCAAGAGAACUUGCGGUCUUUGCUACUGGAGGUGAUGUCCGGACAUGGAUUGACACCAGAAGAACUCAAGGAGACCUUUAAAGGCUUCGUCUUGACCCGAGACAACAUGAUCAAGCUGGUAGAUGUGGCUGAACGAUUGCGAGCCAAGUUGCUGUGCAUUCUCAUGGGUGAGGUAUUGCUACGCUUGACCACUCGCUUGCUGGGUGCUGAAACCUUGGACGAACAGCAGGUGCAUGCUGGGACUACCGAGAAACAGAUCCUUGACGCCGUGGAUGCCGCGGAGGAGCGUGCCAGGGUGCGGCAGGCAGGUUUGAAAGAUGGCAGUGCGGAGCAGAUGGUGGUGCAAUUCUGGGAUGAAAUCAACACCUGUCCACAUCAGCCACUCUUCAAGCAGAUCCUGGUUGAUCGCAUCAAUCCUCGGACUGGCCAAGCAAUUCACAGUUCCUUGCGCUUUGUUGCGGCCUGCAACCCUUGGCGCCUCGCAAGCCAAGGUUCAGUCUUGUCCGUGGGAUUUGAAAGCCCAGUAUGCAAAGAUGAUCGCUUGGCAGGCUUGGCAUAUCGAGUGCACCCGCUUCCAGAAAGUCUUUUUGUACACCUGUCAUCAUUUGGUCAGCUCACAUCAGAGGCAGAAGUGGAGUAUGUGAAGGAAAUGGCAAGUCAACCACCUCGGCUCUUGGAUCCUGAUGAUCAGCCACUGACAGCACCACCUGUAUCUGUUGAGAUGCGCAGUCACGUGGCCUCAAUUUGCCUCGUGCUGCACAACUUUUUCCGUGCCUUGGGGUCCUGUGUGUCCUUGCGAGACCCAACUCGUUUGUUGAGGAUUUGGGGCUUCAUCCGCUGGGAAAUGGAACAGCGAGACUCCAUCAUGCAUUUCGAUGGAAGACAAAUGUCUCCGCAGGCAGAGCUUGUCUCCAUGGUACUGGCUAUCCAUUUAGCCUAUGAGUUGAGACUUUCUGAGUUCAAGCUGCGUCAACAGCUUUUGCAAAGUCUCUUUGAGCCGUCCAGUGAGCUGAGCAAACUCUUCCAGAAGCAUUUCCCGGGUGAGUGCAAAGAUGGACCGGAAGGGAUUGAGAUUUGGAGAAGGAUUGUGAUGGAGGAGCAGAACUAUUGGCUCAACGCCAUUGAUGUGCCGGACAAUGUGGCCAAGGUCCGUGCCUUGAGAGAAAACAUCUAUGCUGAGUUGAUAUGCUCAUUGACUCGCACACCGAUUCUCGUUCUUGGAAAACCCGGAUGCUCCAAGUCGUUGACCGUAUCUCUGCUCAUUACUGCCAUGACCAAUCCACAUGCCAAACAGUUGUUGCACUUGGCCAGCUUCAUCGUCCAGCCGCACCAGGGAAAUCGUCAGUCCACGUCCAGUUCCUUGCUGCAGGUUUUUGACCGAGCUCGUGCGCGACAGAUCAAGCUCCGGGAGCUGAAGAAUCGGAAGACCCGGCCCUUGGCGUUGGUGCUGUUGGAUGAGGUGGGUUUGGCGGAGCAAAGUCCACACAAUCCGCUGAAAGUGCUUCAUGCGCGCUUGGAGCCGCGUCGCUUGGAAGACGCCGUGUCCGUGAUCGCCAUCUCUAACUGGGAACUCGACCGUUCCAAACUGAGUCGCGCCCUGGUGUUGGCGUGUCCCCCACCAUCGCAUGCGGACUUGCGGGAGACUGCAUUGGCCAUCAUUCGGGCAUACUUGGACCAUGAGACUCACAUCCGCAACCAGUUGAUGGCCAGUUUAGAACCCAUGGCCAAAGCCUUCAUGGAGAUUUUGAAAAAUCAAAGGCCUGCAGACUUCCAUGGUCUCCGUGACUGGUAUGGUCUAUGCUCUUUUGCUGCACGUUUGUUGUUGGCGGCAGAUGUGCAGAUGGGUUUGAGCUCAGAGGAAGUGCAGCAAGGAGCCUUGAUGGGCGGAGUUUCUCGUUCUCUCAGUGAAGAAGCAACUCGAUUGGUGAAACUGUGCCACGAGAAGCAGCUGAAAUUCGUGCCGGCAGUUUGGGCGUUGCAGCUUGCGGUGCUCAACAAUGUCAGUGGACAUGAUGAUUCGGAAUCAUUGGACAAGAUGGUUGAAAGUCUGAGCAAGCCGCAGACUGGAAGUGAGGGAAUGGAUGGGGUUCCUUUGUUGUCAGACAUCUACCCCGAGGUCCUGCGAGCUUCCAAGCGGUUGGACAGUUUGCUUGGAGAUGUGGAUGGUCGCCAUAUUAUGGUCAUCACAGACUCACCGGGGCCGGUCAUUGCGUGGAUUCAGCACCGAGCUCCUUUGAUCGGCAACUGGAAUCCUGAGAGCCUGGUUGGCAGUCCACUGGAGCAUGACAAGGUCAGCACAGACAUUUAUGCGCAGUCAAUGAUUCAGGCGGCCAUUGUGAGCAUGGCUCAGGAAAGACGACUCCUGAUUCUUCACAACGUGGACCCCAUCUAUGCUGCCUUGUAUGAUGUCUUCAAUUCCAACUACAGCCGUGCAAGUGGCCCGAACAGUCAACGGUAUUGCCGUAUCGCCCGCGAGGGCUUUUGCAAUCCUCGCUGCGCUGUCGCGGACCAAUUCAAGACCGUCUUGGUGGUGACGAGGAAGCGGGCAGCCCAGUACGAAGCGGCUUUGUUGAACCGCUUCGCCAAGCUGGAGGUGGAGCAAUCCGAUUUGCUUCCAGAGCCAGAAGAAGUUUGGGACUUUGAAGACCAGGUGAAGCGGAUGUGUCCAGCAUUUCACGGCAGAUACGGUGAACAAGCUACCGAUGUGGUGGCAGCUUGUCCGAUGGAUUCGGCACAACCAGGUUUGAAGACGCUUUUGGAAACUAUCACAUUGUCAGCCCUCAUGCGCACUGAGAGUGACUCGGGAAGCCUGUCAAAGGAAGCUUUGCUUUGUCCAUUGAUGUCUUUGGAGUUUUCGCCACAUGAUAUCAAAGAUUCUUUGGUGUGGCUCAGCCCCAACUCAAAGUCCUGCUUUGGCGCUCUCCUUUGGGACAUCUACAGCAGUCCAAGGGUUGGGCAGAGCCAUGUCGUUUUUCCGUUGCUUGUCCCGACGUUCAGCGCCCCAAAUCAAACUCUUGACAUCAGGGCGGUGCCUGAAGUUGAAGACAGUUUGAAGGUUUUCUCUGAGAUACGGAUGGACAACAUUGUCUCACAAGCUACUCUCCGUGACUGCAUGAAGGACCACACUGAGAAAGUGACCAAGCAGCUUCAGAAUGCAAAUGGGAGACUUCUUUCAGCACUAAGCGUGCACAUCAGCAUGAAGCAGGAGAAUGCACAGGACCUGGUGGAUUAUUUGCGUUUCCAGCUUGAAUGGUAUGCUCAGGAGCUGGUUGGAGUGUUGCAACACACCAAGGCACCAGCUGUGCAUGUUCUUGCUUUGGUUGUCCAUGGCAUCCGAGGCAGUUGCGGCCCUGAUCGCAGCAUUCGGCCAUUUCUUCUUGCUGGCCCACUGAUGCCACAGCCACUGAGCAGAGAUGCAGCUUCAGUGCAGCUGCACGAAUGGACCGGCGUUGCAGUGGAUCAUUUUUCUCACAUUUUGCCUUGGGAAAUGCCUUCAACCGAACUCUUGCAUGGCAACAUCAAAGGCAUUUUUGGCUUGGAACAGGAAGGAGGAAUGGAGCGUUUUCGUUUCAUCUUGGCAGAUGCUUUGCCACAUGUCGUUCCUGGCUUUGGGCUUGAGCAAAAUGCAGAUAGCUUCACUAUCAUUCAAACCUUGAUGCAAGAGAUUCACAACAAAGACGAGCUGGUGAAGUGCAUUCAGGCUGUUCUGGCUGAUCAGCUGUCUCUGGACCAGGCGAAUUGGCGAUCCGAGGUGGCCAAGAAUGUGAAGCUUCUGAGACGCACGGGACCUUUUCAGCUCGCCCUGCUUUCACAUUUGAGGCAAGACGAGAAGAUUUUGCCCGUUCUUGAGGCAGUGUGGAACCAAAGUUUGCACAGCAGCUGUCCAUUUUUCGCGGACGCCACUGAUCUGCAGAAGGCCCACUGGAGACCGGUGGCUGAAUCGCUUCUGGGAAGCCGCUUGGAUCAGAUGGCAAUGCUGUGCCAACUUCAUGAUGUGCCAGCUUUGACGAUGCCAGGAAGUCCGGCUGUGAUGCAAAUCAUAUUCCCUCAGCUUCAAGGAUUCCAGGGUUUCCAACAGAGCGAUCAUGAUUUCAGUCCGGUACUACUGAACCAUUCAACUCAGCUAGCUGCAGUGCUCCGGCGUUGCUUACCAGAUGCACUUUGGCAGGUGCUGAAGGCAGCUGGCGAGGCUAUGUCUCAUGGUGAAGUGGGUUCGUUUGGCGAAGAUGUGAUCACCGAAGUGGCAACGCGAGCGUGCCGCAUUGUGCAAGAGUGGCCUGGGAGUGCCAUUUUCACAUCUGUCCGGUCCCAUCUUCAAAGUCUCAUUGGUGCCUUGCUUCGCAGCAUGCCCGGCAUGCCCAGCACCCAACAAACCGACCUUCCAGCUGGUGACAUCGCAACAGAGCUGCCUGAUAGCAAUGCAUCCACAGCUCUUUUGCCCGCGGUGGCUGCCAUUUUGUUACUCCCAGUGUCAGAGCAGGUCUGUGAUUUGCAGUUGCGAUUUCCGACGACCAGGGCAGCCAGGGCCUGGCAGAACUUCUUGCCAGCCCAGCCACUCCUCAAUGGAACUUGGCAGAACAUCAGACAGCAUGCCAUUCAAGGAGCUUUCCAGCUUCAUGCCGCAGAACUAGAAGAGUCCUUGUGCACUGCCCCGAGCCAGAACUUUCAGGACUCGUUGAACCUUCUGAGUCAGCUCUCCGUGUCCAUCGAAGAAUUUAUUAUCACAGUUGAUCGCCCAGACACGAGUUUGGGUCACAGAUUCGAAGUCCAUCCUUUCGAUCUGAUGGAUCCUCCUGAUCCUCCUGGCGAUCCAGCUCCACCAGUAGACGAGGUUAGAAUUGCAACCAUCAGCCACGUGCUGUCGUUGGCUGAAUGCUCACAGGAAAAAGUUGUUGCAAUUCUGAAGCACAUGAGGAGUUCUGAUAUCCAUCUGAUUGCGGCUGUAGCUGGCCUCAUUGAGCUGGACGUGGAUGCGUCCUUGCCGUUGAUUGGUGUAUCUCAAGCCUUGCAGCUCUUGAGCAAAGAGUGCUCCAGGAAACCAGCUGCGCUCAAGGCAGCUCUGAUGUUGAUGCAGCAAGUGAUUCAACGCUCCAAGGGCAACUUCCAGGAGUUGUACCAUAUGAGGACGUACCUUCAGCAGAUCUCAAUCUACUUGAUGGAAAAUCUCAUGCCAAGGAUUUGGCUGUCUGAGUUCCAGAUCCAGUCCGAAGUUGAGAAAGUUGGAGCAAAAGUGCUGGAGUCCUUCUGUUCUCUGAUGGAAGGACAGGUCGAGUUUGAAGUUGAUGCUAGAGUAAUGCCUCUCUUAGAAGAGUUUCUGCCUAAGAUCUCACAGGGCAUUGGUUGGGAUGACCCUUUUGUUGCCUCUUUGGCGGAUGCCUUGUCAUUGACAUCUCAGCUUCCCUCGGUCGUGUCUCAGUUGGUGAAGAAAGCGACAAAAAAGAAAUUCGGAAGCUCUUCACGGAAGGCGUUGAAAAUCCUCGAGGAGGCCUUCCAGAAAGUCUUGAAGGUCCUUCAGGGAACACACCGAAGACAAGGCCAAGCAGAAGCUGUUGAAGCUGAUGAAGCUGUCUCUCACCGGUCUCAUAGCUUUGUUGCCUUGGUGCUUGCUCGAGAACUGGUCACGCACUCUGUCCUUUUGGUUGACAAGGCUUUGGAGAACCAAGAAACCGAACGUCGCUUUGACUGCAUCCUGGGCCACAUUGUGGAGAUCUUACAGCUGCCGUUGGUGAAUUUCGCUGUGGAUUCCACGGAAACCGAAACGGAGCUUUGCAGUGGAUCUGGGCGAUCUCUCCGUGUGUCUCAGCUGCCAAGUCCUUUUGCUGCACUCUUUGUGGUGGCAGCAACUCGACGCCGGGAAGAUGCUUAUGCAACCAAUGCCACUGUGCGGAUGCUGUUUGAUAUCAUUGCCUUGAAGGGAUCUGGGACUCGAUUGCGUGCUUUGCUUGCCAAAUGCCGAGCGGAAUCUGAAACGUUUUCAAAUGCUUUUGGCCUGUCCAUGUUGCUGCCGGACAGGACUGUGAAGCCUGAUGUGCAAGAGGUGGCACAGUGCUUGCAAGACAUGGGCAAUCAGCAAGGACAUCAAGGACGUUCUGCACAGGCUGCUGAGCGCUUUGUGGAAUUGUGCCAUGCUAAAAGGAACAGCUUCCAGGAAUUAGUGCCUUACCUCCGCGCCCUGGGGGAGGUCGUUUCCUUGCAGUGCACUGCACAAGAUGACGCCUUUCAACAAGCUGUCCAAAUUGCAAGAAAGUUGCCAGACAUGGUUUUGGGACCCGCUGGAGAUCUCUUGCGACAGGUAGCCGAAAAAACUGAGUGGAACAUUGACUUCUUGAACAGGAACGGUCAGAAUGCAUGGCACACUUCCAUCAUUGCACACGUUCUUUGUCUGGUGGGAGCUGCUCAUGAAAGCAUCAACAAGACCAGGCAAGCAGAGCUGCCACCAGCUGUAAAGCCCUUCACAGCCUUCAAUGUCUUGGAUGAGGCAACCCUGCAGUCGACCUAUUGGCCAGGUGUGCCAGAAGAUUGUUGGCAGUCUUUGCGACACUCAGGAUUGCACAAGCACAAGCUGGUUGGAGGCAACAUGGUCUGGGCAGAAUGCGAUUGUGGAUACCGGUACUGCUAUUCCGAAUGUGGAGCACCUGCCUCCAGCGCGGCUUGCCCAAGUCUUGGCCGUGACAACACUUGCAAGUUGAUGAAUGGGGGCCAAGGCCAUGUGUUCAACCCAGGUCAACGACUGAUUGCAGUGGUUGUCACGGAAACUCAGAUCAAUGGCAGCAUGCGAGAGAAGUAUCCUGAGGCAUUUCAGAGACCGGGGCCCCUUCCGGGUUUGUUUUCACUGAUCGAAGCAGACGAACAAGCUUCCGUGAAGCACGCUGAUCGUGAAGCCGUGUCUCAUAGUUUCCCUGAUGAAACUGUGCGCCAAGAUUGGAAUCGGCCAUUGGAUGAACAGAAUGGCUUGCACCCAGUGUCCUUUCGGGUGCUUCAUUACUUGAUCGAUGCCAGUGCAUUGGUGAGCAUUGAAAUGGAGUGGAAGCAGGGUAUUCAGAACAAAGUCCAUUUGUUGCAGAGCCACUUUCUCAACGUAGCCAAGAUGAACCCAGUGAAAACUCCGAAUGAUACUGUGUGGUACUUGAUGGCAAACAUGGAAGCAGAUUUGGUUGCUCUUCGAAAACUACUCAAAGGAACAGUGGAAGAGGCCACUCUUUUCAUGCACGCAGUGCUUCACCGACUUUUGUCUCUGUCACAAGAUGAGCAGCCUUGUGAUGAGGCAUUGACAAGUCACAGAGCUCGUGUGGCCUAUGAAACCUGGUUUCAUCAAACAGUUGUCGCACCCAUCCUGGGUUCCAAGACUGCCAGCGGCAGGUUUGAAUUGCCCGGCGUGCAAGUUCUGCGCAGGCAGGCGGGUCAAGCAAGCGACCCAGAUUUGGUUCUCACCAGUAAUUUCCUGGCACGUCAAGGCAUACCACCAGAUGCUUGGAUGCUCAUGAAGGAAACGCUACGGGCAUCGCUGCUCCCUCAUAUUUUGAAGCCUUUGAUUUUUCCCAUUCCUCAAGAGGCAGUGCUGGCUGCAGGCCGCUUUGAAAUUCUUCGCUUGCUCAUGGCCGGACUUGAAGAGGAUGGCAUUUCCUGGUCCGUGCAAUCCGACUUGCUUCGAGCUGCCAGUCUCGCUUGGAUUUUGCCUUUCUUGCAGCUGGUGCGGGAAAAGGAGGGUGGGAAGAUCACCAUGGAAGCUGCUCGCCGAACCACGAUCAAACAGUGGCUUGACAGCCAAUCAGGACACGAGAAGGACACCGCAUGGAGCCUUUUCCGGAAUUGUGAAGCCGCUUGGGAAGCGACCCUGUCAUCUGGCAACGUUCGAGAUGGCUGCGGUGUCAUUCGGCUUCCUGCCUUGUCACUCAACUCGCCAUUGGCGCUUGCAUGUCCAAUUGCAGACCCUGAAAAGAUGCGACACGGCGACAUCCGUGUUGGAAAUCAAGGUGACAGGCCAGAGCACAUCGCAGCCCUUGCUUUGCAUCACCUGGCAGUGAGUCACAACAAAGUGGUGGCAAGGAUCCAUUCAUAUCUGGCUCGCCAAGAAGCAGCUCACGUGAAAGCCAGGUUGAACCCUUCUGCUGGACUGUGCAAGUCAAGUGGUCAAUGCCAAAGUGUUCCAAGUGUUCCAGGAGAUGUCAUGGGAGGCCAGGUGGGAGCAAUUGACCAGAGAAUUCGGCUUAUCCAACAUGCGACUACCAGCGACUUGUUCGUUUUCCCAUCGCAAAUCCAAACCACCUGUGUCUCCAAAGGCGAUACUGACAUCUCUGGACAUUUUGGACCAAGAACCUUUCAGAUCGACUAAAAUCGACAGCCGCUUGAAAGAAUUUUUCCAGAUUCCAUCAGAUGCAGAUCCGCCAGCCUGUG